AUGUUUAGCAAUCCUAGUGAACUGAGAAAGUCAACCCACCCAAAAGUUCAGGUACCCUCCUCUACUUCAGUUUUCCGGAACGUUGUAAUGCCUGCAUUUCUUGUGUUGAUGGAGUUUCAUUUCACUGGUUUUGGGAAUGAAGUCCUGUGUUCUUUUAUAGAGGCUAAUAUGAGCUUUGCUGCGCCAUCACUUGGUUCUGCUGGUGGUAGAACUGCUAGGAGAGCAGUUGAAUUUGGAAGAACCUACGUUGUCAGGCCUAAAGGUAAACACCAAGCGACUAUAGUUUGGUUGCAUGGCCUCGGGGAUAAUGGCUCCAGUUGGUCCCAGCUACUAGAGACCCUUCCUCUUCCAAAUAUUAAAUGGAUAUGCCCAACUGCUCCUACUCAGCCAAUAUCUAUUUUUGGUGGCUUUCCAUCUACUGCUUGGUUUGAUGUUGGAGACAUUUCAGAAGAUGCUCCUGAUGAUCUUGAAGGUUUGGAUGCUUCAGCUGCACAUGUUGCAAAUUUGUUGUCUACGGAGCCUGCAGACAGUAGGUUUCUCUUGCAAUAUUUCUUUUCUAUUUAUGUUCCUUUUAAGCUUGGUGUUGGAGGGUUCAGCAUGGGAGCAGCUACUGCCCUGUACUCUGUGUCCUGCUUUACUGCUGGAAAAUAUGGGAAUGGGAAUGCUUAUCCUGCCAACCUAAGUGCAGCUGUUGGUUUAAGUGGCUGGCUUCCAUGCUCAAAGACCUUGAGUGACAAGUUACAAGGGAUAGAUGAAGCUACAAGGCGUUCUCAAUCCUUUCCUGUUUUGCUGUGUCAUGGAAAAGGUGAUGAUGUUGUUCCCUAUAAGUUCGGUGAGAAGUCCUCGAAGUGCUUAAGUUCAACUGGCUUUCAGGAUGUAACUUUUAAAGCUUAUAAUGGGCUUGGACACUACACAAUUCCAGAAGAGAUGGACGAGGUUUGUGCUUGGCUAACGUCAAAAUUGGGCCUUGAGGGGAAUACUGCUUAG